CUUUCGGGCUUAACAAGGUUGAACAUCACUAACCUAGAUCUAACUAAAAAUAAAAACAAUGAAAAAAAUGCAUUAAUAUAGUAAACUGAAAUAAUAUUUUCGCGUAAAGAAUGGACCAAAACUGGAUCUAUAUAUAUGCAUUUGGAAAUCUAAUCUAGACAGGUAGGUAACUCCGCUAGUCAAGAAGUAUAGACAAUCACGGGACGUGUAAUUCUAUCACACACUAAGCCUGACCUGCAACAAAUAGGCGUGGUUUCAUUGAUAUCAUAAUGAGUGACAGGGCAUUGAACAAUUCUGCGCAUGACGAGAGAAUAGACAGCGAGCUGGUUUUUUCCCCAAGCUCUUAGACUAGUCUCUAAUUCUAGUCGGUGCGUACUACUCCACGAGGUGGCUGGCUUAUGUUUACUUUUAUGACACAAAAGACGCCAUUCUCAAAAUAGAAUAUUUUUUUCGAGUUACUAUUCGUUUUGUUUAGAUAUAGAAUUUAUUAUAGUGUAUUAAAUUAAAUCUUAGAAAUGGAAUCGGCGAAGCCCACUAUUCAAGGCGUCACUGGGGCGCCGAAUGAAAAUGCUCUAAUUAGCCUUAUUCAGCAAACUGGAUAUAACCUUAUUCAAGAGAACGGGCAGCGUAAAUUCGGGGGCCCCCCUCCGGAUUGGAGCGGGCCACCUCCUGCCAGAGGAUGCGAGAUUUUCGUUGGAAAAAUUCCGAGGGACAUUUAUGAGGAUAUGCUUGUGCCUAUAUUUAUGAACAUCGGAAAAGUGUACGAGUUUCGUCUCAUGAUGGACUUCAGUGGCAGCAACAGGGGCUUCGCUUUCUGCACCUACGCCCAUAGAGCGGACGCCAAGCGUGCAGUCAAACUGCUCAACAAUUAUGAGGUCUGCAAAGGCAGAUUUCUCGGCGUCUGUCUCAGUGUGGACAACUGCAGACUCUUCGUCGGGGGCAUUCCCAAAACGAAACAGAGAGAUGAAAUCCUGAGCGAGAUGUCCAAGGUCACAGAAGGAGUGGUUGACGUCAUCGUUUACCCCAGUGCCGUCGACAAGUCCAAAAACCGAGGGUUUGCUUUUGUUGAGUACGAAAAUCACCGUGCAGCGGCCAUGGCAAGGAGAAAGCUGAUCCCUGGUCGAGUUCAACUCUGGGGGCAUACAAUAGCUGUGGAUUGGGCUGAGCCGGAACCUGAGACAGAUGAAGACAUUAUGGCAUCGGUUCGCAUUUUAUAUGUGAGAAAUUUAAUGCUUUCAACAACAGAAGAGCAUCUACAAGAUGUUUUUGAGAAUCUAGUUCAGAAAAAGGAUUGCAUAGAGAGAGUGAAAAAACUAAGAGACUAUGCAUUUAUACACUUCAGGCAAAGGGAAGAUGCAAUCAACGUCUUAGAAUGUACUAAAGAUGGCAUAGACAUCGAUGGUUCUAAAGUUGAGGUUGUAUUAGCCAAACCAGUUGAUAAAAAUGAUCACAGUAAUGUUGCCAAGAACAAGUUGGCUUGUAUCAAUGUUGAAAGUCCCAUGAUCUCACCGGUGUAUGGAGCACUGUUGAACCCAAAUGGAAGAAAUUUGUCACCACCUGCUUUGGCUAACAGAGGAGGCAGAGGUAGAGGGGCUGCUGGUUCUCGAGGAGCUGGAGGUAGCAAACAUUUCUUGCCAUCUUUAGGGAGAGGCUCAUACAGAAGGAACCCUGCAGAGGUUCGUCUUUUUGACUUGUUACCUGGAGUAGAGUUAACUCCAACAAAUCCAACAACACUCAAACCUUUAAAUGUUCGAUCACCGGUGCAGUUGUUGGAAGAGCUAUGUCAAAAGAAUCACUGGGGACUACCUGUUUACCAGUUGCACUCAGCUAUACAGAGGGAUACAGUCACCAACACAGAGUCUCAGUUUUUUCUUUUUAAAGUCACUAUUCCUGCCUUAGCAUCACAGACAAUUCAACCAAACAAACUGUGCCGUACUGUGGAAGAAGCCAAAGUCUUUGCUGCUGAAUUUGCUCUUAUUCACCUUGGUAUUCCCAUUGAAAGUUCAGAAGUACCCAUAGUGCCUACCUCCAGCAAUACAUACCAUCGUGCAUUACAUGGUGGAAGUAUGCCCUUGUCUCAAGGACCAUUACCUGCAGGACCUUCCUUUAUUGUUGGCAAAGUAUUACCAAACCCUGAAUUAUUUUACCAAACUUAUUAAAAAUGUGAUGACAAAGUUGAAAGAAGUCUUCAUUCAGUUUUUCAAGUCACUGGACAUCAGCUGCUUCCUUGAUAUGACACUGUCAUUCAGCCAUGAGCUGGUGUAGUAUGUUGGGGUGAAUUCUUGAAGCUUUGGAUGAUUUUUAGUAUAUUGUUUUAGUACCAUACAGGUACAUUAAAUCCACAAGCUCAACCCUUUUAAGGGAUAUUUUUGUUAAACCUUUUAUAUAAGCAUUGUUUUGUGUUUAUUUCAAUAUUUAUACUAUCUAAGUAAGAUUUGAUCCCUGUUUGAAAAAGUUUAUCAGCUUUGCAGAAAACAUUCCAGAAAUGAUGUUACUGUUACUGAGGCCUUGCUAGUCAUAUGUUUUGUCAUGUAUUUAUUGUAAGUCCAACAUUACAGUUGCCUUCUUGUUUGUAAAUAGAUUGAGAUAGAAAUUGAGUUAGCAUCACUUUCCAAUUGGCUGAUCUAUGAAACAAUAUUAGAACUGGACAACCAAUGGCUUCUCAGUUGAACAAUUAAAAAAAAAAGAUGGUUUGAAUGUGUCUAAAUUGUUGUAGUAAUUAUCUCAUUCCUAUUAAAAUUAAAAAAAUAACAAUCAUAGAUUAUAAAAUAUUUUUGUAAAGAUUUUUAUAAAUUUUCAAAAUUUUUAUUAAUGGCAAUAUUUUUAAUAACAUAAUGAAUUAUUGUGAAUUUUUAGUAACACAAACAAAUAAAUGCUAUUUAAUAUUUACAUUAGAUUUUUGUAUACAUUAUACACCAAUGUCAGUUUCUUGUACUAGGAAUCAAGCAUGAUAUUUAACUGUAGUAAGAAUCAAAAAUGAUAUUUAAGUGUUCUAACAAUCCAGGAUGAUAUUUAACUGCACAUGUAUAACAAUAACAUUGAACUAAGUGGAUUGUUUACUGGAUGCUGUUUCUUGUUCACAAAGUUUUAACACCAUUUUUGUUGAGUUCAGCUCUGUGUUUCAACAAAUACUCAGUCAAUAGCUGUGAUGUUCAAUCAUUCAGUCUUUAAUUGGAAUCAUCAAAUUCAAAUGGUUUUCUUUCUUAAUUUACUUCAAAAAUAUUUUCUUCUGAUAACAAAUUAGUAUGCAUUUCAAUAAACAAAUCUAAUUUUGAUUGGAUAACAGAUUUAUAUACAUUUCAAUAAAAAAAAAGAAUUAUUAUAAUUAAUGCAAAUUUAUUGACUAUGGCAAUGUACAAAAAGAAAAUGAACAAAAUAUACAUUUGAGACAAAAUACAACUCUAGUGCAAUGUCUUAAUAAUAGUGCUGUUUUUUUGUUGUUUUUUUUGAAUUUGUGAAUAUAUUAUGUCACAAGCUAAACUUAAGAUUCCAAUAUUGCAGUUGUAGAAAUGAUAUCAGACUUGGUGAAAACAGAUUGUGACUAAUAGCACUUCAAGUCUUUCUUUCAGAAAUGUUGAUGUCUCUUUUAACAUGUUGCAAAAUGUUGAUGUCUCUUUUAACAUGUUGAGAAAUGAUGAUGUGUCUCUUAACAUUUUGUUAUUGCUGGAUGUAUUCUGGAAACUAUUUUGCUUCUUUAACUCUUAAUCUCAUAUAAACAGUCCACAGAACAUAAGUGUUCCCUUGAAUUCUUUUGUAUUUUUAGUUGGGACAUAUUCUCCUUGGGACUCUUUGUAUGACAGGGAGAGCAUAUAUUAUUUUUGUGACAUUUUUUUUGAACUACAAGAUCUUCAACUUUAAACAAGUGUAUGAUCUACCAAUGUAGACAGUUUUAGUUGAUAACCUUUUACUUUUCAUUUUGUCUUACAAACCUUUCCUAGUUGGUUUUAUUUGUACAUUUCAAGUCUCUCUUGAGUUUUGAGGUCUGAAGUUUUUCAAGAUUUUCUUUUGUAUAUUUCUCUUUUAAGUCUAUAGGAAAGAUUAGAUAUUACAAUUUUUGGGUAAUAAAUGUUUCAGCAUUGAACAGAAUACAUUUAUUAUAAAAGUCUUUCUUUACUUAGUCACUCACUAAGAUAAUUGUGACCACUGGAUGCUCCCUGAAAUAGAUUUUUAACAACUUUGAUGAAUAGAAAGCGAUGUUUGGCUGGUAUGUUUGUUGUAAAUGUUCCAUUGUACUUGAUGUAGACCUAAUAUUUUGAGGUCUACAUUUUAAUAGCUUUAUAUUACAUUUGUCAGAUUUGCUUCUUGUUUAAACAUGACUUCCAAGCUAUUUUUGUGACUGCAUUCUAAUGUGGUGAAUUUUGACAACUGCAUAGUUCAAGUAAUUUUUCAUUUUGUUGAAAGAUACUUUUUAUUGAAACAUUUAUUACAGUAUUUAUAAAAAUAUGUUUAUCAGUUGGAUAAACUGGCAAGCUUUAUUGACUUUGUGCAUGUUAACUUAUUUAUGCUCUUUUUUAUGCAUAAUUUUGAUGCAUUUUAUAAUUUUUGUUUUCCCAGUGAGACUAUUCAGACUGCCACAAAAACUCUGCUCACUAGCGAAUAGUUUUUCAUCCUUCUAUUUACUUUUUUUGUCAUUCUUCUUGAUGUACUAAAUACAUGUUUUGUGUAAUGACUUUCUCAAUUUAACCCACAAGAACUUUGAUUGAUAGAAGUCACUCUCUUAACCUCUGCUGUUAAUUCAAGUCAUUGAUCCAACUAUUCAUCCAAAAAUGUAACCCUGAACUGUGAACUAUAACCUUUAGGGAUCAAUUAUUUUUUUUUGUCUGACAUAAUUUAAGCUACCCAAUUUUUUCCCCUAUGAAAUUUUUCAUCUCCCUACAUCAAAAUCUUGGUACAUUUAGUUUUAGUUUAGGUACUAGUAUUAAGAAUAAAUGUAAUGGUAACAUUUCAAUAAAAUUUAAGUGUAUCCAAAGUAAACCACUGAUACAUUCCUAAAGUUGAAAUUAGCCAAUGAUGUAAACCAAGGCUCUUGUUUGGACAUAAGACUUUUAGUAUACUACUGGAUAUCAGUAGUGUCAGUAACACUUGAGUUUACAGAGUAUUGUUUUUUCUUAGGCUUGUGAUUUUGUUUCUUGUUUUUAUGAUUUUAUUCUGUAAAUUGCUUCAUUUGUUUUUAAUUUGAGUUCAAAGUAAUCAGAAUUAAACUUUUCAUUUCAUGAUGUCAAUAAAUAGUCAUACAAAAUGUAAA